AUGGUUCCACUGGACGAUGACUGCGAUGAGUGCGUGCCAGAGUAUAUGGUCCAGAGGGGGCCGGUGAAGACGAUCAUCUCAGCGCUUCCGUUCCUCCUCACCUUCCUGAUUGUGGCGCUCGGUGUUUCUCAGAAGCUGUUCCCUAUAGUCUCUGGGCACACGGACCGCAAGGCACAGCACAGCGAUGCACGUCUACCUGGAGUAGCUUCACGUGAACGAGCCUCCCUGUUCAAGAAUUUACGACUGAAUGCGCGAUCCCUCGCAGCUGUCAUCUUCUCCAUCAACAUCGCACUCUCCACCGUCCUCGCCGAGCUCAUCUUCUGCGAAAUCACAAGCACUGGGAACCGCGCGACUCGCACCUUAGCCCUCAAGCUCACCCUACCCUCGCUGCUGUUCCUCCUCGUCGUUGCGACACCAGCGCUUGAAAUACACUCGGUCGUGUCUGGAGCUGGGUGGAACACUGGAGGCGCGCAAAGAGGUCAGCGAAAGGUGGCAUGGAUAUUGGAGGCUUGCGGACUAGCAGUAUGGCUCGCAGGCUUCUGGUACCUCGGCAGCGGUUUGCUAGGCACAUACUUGCACGGGGAAUCGUAUGUGCACGAUCAUACAUUCAGCGAAGGCUGCUUGGAAAGAAUCGGCGUCAUUGGUAUAAGCAUGAUGGCAUCAUUGACAGGCUUCGCUGCAGUCUCGUCACUAUGGCAGACUUUUGGCGUCAAAUACCGGCCGGUGUCUGAUUUAGACAUCUCCCGCAAGCAAGCCGGCAUCCAGGCCACGAACGAUAUGCUCCUAGCCAAAGAGUCGCGCCUCCGCGCCAUCGAACGCAAGCUCACCGAUCACCCUCAAGAAGGCCUGAUGGGCCGUGUUGUUGGUACAUUCCGCGGCAACCCAGAUCUCCAAGAACGCAACAUGUUGCAACUUGAAAUCCAAGGUCUCGAGACAAUGCGCCAUACGCUUCAAAGCUCGCAGUCCAUCCUCCAAAACCGCCGUCAGACACAACUCCGCUCCCACACCGCGUACGGACGGGUCCUAAACGCCUUCUCCUUCGUCUUCGCACUCUACUGCGCCUACCGCAUAAUUGCAACAAGCAUCACAACCCUGCGCCGCUUCUCGUCCUCUUCCGCCUCCUUCGCCUCCUCAGAUCCAAUCAACAACUUCCUCGCGCUGCUGGCAAAACACUGGGACCCCACCAUCGACCGCGUAGCAUGGAGUCGCACAAUCUCGUUCCUCUUAUCCGGCGUAAUCCUCCUCCUCUCAUUCAACGCCGUCCUACAAACUUUUUACCUUUUCAGCCGCGCGGCUCCUGGGAUCUUGCACCACGCACAAGCCAACUUCGCCCUCCUCAUUUCACAGAUAGCAGCAACAUAUGUCAUCAGCUCUGCGCUGUUACUUAGAAGUAAUCUUCCAGUUGAGAUGAAGUCAGCCAUCAGCGAUGCGUUAGGGGCUCCAUUGGAACCAAGCUUCACAGAGAAGUGGUUCGAAGGGUGGUUUCUGGCUGCAAGCGUCAUGACCGCAGUCGGGCUGUGGGCUGGGAAACGACUCAAGGGGAGCGAGUGGGAUGAAGACGGGGAGGGGGAGGGCGAUGUCGAGAUGGGAAAGAGGAGUUGA